CGAUUUCUUUUCUUGGAAGUCCACAGUUCAAGUCUGAUUCUACUGGCUGUAUGAAAACUCAAAUGCAAUAGAUUGGCGUCUCUAAUUUUCCGAAGAUAAGCUCGCAGCCACACCGCCAGUCUUGAUGAUCAUCAACCGAACGACCAUCUAGAUAGUCGCUAUCUAGCGGGAUUUGCUGCAUAUGGGCCUGAACUCCAUGGGCCCCUAAUCUAUCAACCUAUGUACAGAAAAUCAAGCCAACUUCUCUAUAAGCACCAAUACUGAGGCAUGUCCUCACUUUCAGGCGCGCGCUUUAGCCCGCCGCAGUCAGCGCAACCAUACAGGUCCAUUUUCGGAGGUCCGAGUAGCCAAGAUGUUGCCGAUCUGGUACCCUACCCAGAAACCCAAACUGGGGCCGGAGAUAGCCAGGAAGACCUUGACGUGAUCAUGGAAGAGGAGCCGAUUGAGAACGAUCACUCGGACGCUACUUACGUUGAGAGCAAUGACGAUGAGCAAUCUGGUUCAGAUGCGGACAGCUAUGCAUCUGUUCCUCAGUCACCUAAAAAGCAGCAGCAGCAGCAGCAGAUGCUCCAAAAAGUGACUGAGCGUGACCGCCAGCGUGAUUCAGAGACCCCUUCGGCACAUUCGUACCGUCCUAACAGAUUCCGCGGGCCUGAAUCUACGUGGAGAAGAUUGACUGCCGAAGAUAGACAGAAUGCUCAAGCUCUGGAAGAUGUUCGAGCCCGAGAUCUAGCUGCACAUUUGUACAAUGCUUAUGCGCUCCGAGUCCGGGCGCGAGAGAUAGCGAGACGAGCGACGGAGACAAAUGAGCAACUGCUGGAUGAGAUGGAUACAUUUGCUCCUCCGAAGCGUUGGACCGCGUGGCCUCUACCUUCGACUGAGGUGCCUAGACCGGAUGAGGAAGUGCGGAAAAGUCUCGACGAUGCUUGGACACUGAGAAUGCAGCCAGAUCCUCGACCAAGUGCCGAACUAGAGGAAUCUGUCAUGGCGUUCAUGUUACGGACGGCAAAGGAGAGGUUCAUGGCCAGGGAAUGGGAUUAUCAGUCGAAGCCAUUUACAUCCCAUCGAAGAAAAAGAUCAGCGUCUCAACACGAGACGCAGGAUGAAAGUACCGCAUGGGAAAGCGAGCGCGAAGGUGCGGAUGGCGUUCCAUUACGCCCAGCUGUCCAGACAGAUGACGAUAAAUCAAGACGACAACUACGCCCACUCACUCGGAACAUACUCUCGCAGUUUGACGAGCUUCUCAUGGGACUUCAUCGUGCCCGGAAGGGCGGAGUGGCAGCGGAUGACAGCUCCGCAAGUGACUGGCAGACCGAUACUGAAAGUGUGAUCUCUGGCUCAUCACCUCGGAAGAGAAAAGUCAAUUCUCAAAGAGCGAGAAGUCAAUCGAGAGGAAGAAAACGGACCCGACGGUCAUCCUUUAAGAGCGGAUCGAGUGACGCUCGUUCUCGUAGUACACAUGUAUCAAGCGGGCCGGAGUCAAGCGUACACAGCUCCUCUCAAGCAACCUCAAGAUACAGAUCACAGUCACAACAUUCUUCCCGCUCACGAGGCCGAUCCGUCGGUAGUGAUCGUCGACGGUCCGCCAGUCGUGUUCGCCUCGGGAUACGGGAUUGGAGUGAGGUGUUGGGAGUCGCCUCCAUGAUAGGAUGGCCGCCAGCCGUGGUGAUGCGAACAGCACAGAGAUGCGCAGCCUUGUUUGGCGAAGAUAUGACGUUCCAGGUCCUCAAAGAAGGGAAGGUCAAGCAAGAUAUAGGAGACGACGAUACCAAGAUAUGGAAAUACGAAGAAAGCGAAUCAGAACUUGAAGUUCAGACUGAUCUUGAGCCUGAAUCUGAGGCCGAGGCGGAAAUUUCACAACCCUCCCGUUCUCAGAGCAGACGACCACGCUCUCGUGCCGCUUCCACCAAGGGAGGCUCGACAUCGCGAGCCAACAGUACGGCGCCUGAGGACGCCGGGGAUGGGUCCCGACCAAAAGGCAAAGGAGAACAUCGCAAGCAGGAUUUGGUCUGUCCUAUCCGGGCGUGUUCCAGGCAUAGCAAGGGCUUCUCGCGGACAUGGAAUCUCAAUCUGCAUAUGAAGCGCAUGCAUCCGAAUUACCGUUCCAGAAGCGAUGGCAGAUCGUCGACUGGCACGCGCGGUGAGAAUGACGUUGAUAAUGAGUGAAAUGGUGGUAGACUAAUCAGAUAUGGCCAAAUGGCUUAUGUGUAUAUUUCUUGGGA